CGUUCUCUCCGUUCUCUCUGUUCUCUCUCUCUGUUCUCUCUGUUCUCUGGUUCUCACCAUCUUCAUCAUGAGGAAGGUGCAGCCGUUCACCAUCGGCACCAAACUGUCCGUCCACAGCCCCACACCUGACCUCCACCUGUGUAGACCCUCGGUGACCUCACAGCCAGCAUCAUCAUCAUCAGUGCAGGCGGAGGCUGAGCUGAGAGAAGAAGACACGGUGAUGAAGAGCACCUGUGAACCCCUGUACGUCCUCGUCCUCCUCGUCCUCCUCACUUCCUGGUGUAGUUCAGUGUGUAUUGUGUGUGUGUCUGUGUGUUGUAGCCCUCGACAGGAAGUGAACCUCGCUCUUGAAGUUUCUUUGUUUUACCAACGAGCUGAUGCCAUCCUGAGUGACCUCAGCAGGACUCUGAGCCAAUCAGAGAACACCACACAGUGUCUGAGCGAAACGUCUCGACACGAUGAUGACAUCACUGCUGACAUCACAGUGUUGGACAGGUGUGCCCAUCAUCUGUCUGAGCUUCAUCCAACGCUGACAGCCAGAGUCAGACUCAAACUGGAGGAGGUGAGAACCUGCUGGGCUCUGCUGCAGCGGCGACACAGUGUGAAGCUUUCACGUCCUCCAGAAGCCCUUUGUCCACAGUUUGGACAUAGACAGAAAGAACCAGGACGAGAACCACCAGGCAGCAGCACAUUGGACAAGGUCAGAGAACUGCUACAGAGGAAGAGAGAAGGAAAGAAGGAGGCAGAAACGAAGUGUGAAGAAGGGAAAGAAAAACCUCCACCUUCAGAGUCCAGCCAUCACACACUGACAGCAGCAACAGAAGAAGGAGAGAGCUCAGUGACUCUGUCUCACCGAGUCUCACCUGAAAGGUUUGAUCAGCCUCAGCCCAGCAGCAUCAGUGUCUUCCUGAAUUUUGACCCUCAGACAGAGGGAAACCAGGGUCAGCUGACUCCACCUCCAACACACCUGGUGAACAGGUGUGUUCAGGUGACAGGUGAGAGCAGUGAGACUCAUCACUCAGGUGAUAAACCAUCAAUCAGCUCGUCCAGCACCACCUUCCUCCCACGAGUCAGCACCGUCGUCCUCCCUCCGUCACCCUCCCCCUGUUCGGUCUCCACACUGAACCUGCAGCUGCUGGAAACCAGGACGGGCCGUGGCCACGGACACACAGUGACCGCUGACGAGGACGAGGACCGAGAGAGGUCAGGUACCAGCCACAGACCCCCCCGACUUCCUGUUAACACGGAGCUGCUGUUGUACAUCCAGAACAGUUCGGUUGUUACCAUGGAAACAGAAAAUACUGCAUUAAGACCAAACAUCACAGCAGGAGGUAACGUGACUCAGGUGCGUGGUGAUGAUGAGAAAUUGUCCUCAGACAGUGAGGACGUCUCAGACUUCAGGUUUAAAGGAAACACCAACAGUUCUGUGAUUCAUGCUGAAACUCCAGAGCAAGUCCAGUGUGGCGAUGUCUCACUGACCUCCAAAGAUCCAGGGACCACAGAAGAAGAUCAGGCAAAGCUUCCAGACCCUCUGUCAGAGCUGGUGGGGUUGGCGCUGAGUUUCGACCGUCCCACAGACAAGGACGUCGCAAACCUCAGGCCCAAAGAAGAAACCAGUAGCCCCAUCACUCCAGUUACUGUCUCAUCUAAUCAACAUCAAACUGGAGACCAGCAGCAACAGGCUGACCUCUCACCCAGAGCAACCAGAGACACCUUCACCGAUGAUUCUGUGACUAAAGACGGCUUUACACCAAAGGUUGACUCCUCCCAUUACGAUGAAGAUGUCUCGCAUUUCGAAGAGGAAGCCAGAAACCCUGUCCUGUGUGGUCCACAACCAAAUCAAGACCGGAACCAACAAGUCAACUUUUCAUGCAGUGCCAUCAGAAAGACCAUUACUAAGAAUUUAGACACAGAGAAAGCUGGACAUCACGUGAGACCAUGGCCACAUGUGUCCUCAGAGUCUUCCUCUGAUCUGCAUCUGGACGAGCGAGGGUCGGGACAGAGUUUGGAUCCACCCACUGGUGGAAAGGACACCUCAGAAAGCACAUCCAAAAAGGACACCAGCAGCUCUGGCAGUUCCGUCAUCUUACCCAAUCUGCACGUAGCUCAAGACGAGAACCGAGACAGCUCACCCAGGGACGUCAGAAAGGUCUCAGAUCAGACUGAAGAAUCUGAAGACCGGAUGAAACCUCCAGGUGUAGUGCCUGAAGCUCCGUCCUCUCUGCUUCCACAGGAGCAAUUUGACUUUGAUGGUGACCUGUCAACCCCACAGCCAUCGGGCAGGUUGGAGAUCAUUCAGGACCACCGCGGAGACAAAAACCACCUCAUCGUGCACAAAGGUCCCUUCAUCCAAAAGACUGACCUGCAUUUGGCAGAUCCUGAACCGGCCUACCAUCAGCACCAUUGUUUAAGUGUCCACACCAAGACAUGUGACCUCAGAGGUCACAUUUAUCAGCCAGUCACAGACCAUGUCCUCGUCCCCACACAGCCGUCAGGUUCCACGUCUCUGAAUCCUGGUUUGAGGUGGUCUGGUCGGGUGGUGGACUGUCUCGCUGAAAGCUGCUGUAUCUGUUCUCCUGUUUCAAAGUCCAGGCAGGAAGCAGAGUGCAAUGAAAACACAGAUCCUCUGAGUCCUGGUUGCUGGCUGUUUGAUGAAGUGGACGAGGAGCUGGAGGACAUAUGGAAACAGACAGAACCCUGAAACCAAGUCAUCUCAGAAGCAGGUCUGACUGUCUGACAGGAUGUCCAAAGAAAAUGUACCACAUGUCCCUGCGUCCUCACACUCACAGACGUUAAUGGGGUCUGUCCAAGUCCAUGAUUCAUCUAAUCCAGUCUCAAGAAGUUUUUUUCCUCUUCCAGAGUUUCUGCUCAGGAUGUGAAGAAGUUGAGGAAAGAAAUACGACUCUUCCUCCUCCUCCUCAUUUUCACUAAGAUAUUUGUCCACAGAUUCUUUAGGAGACAGCUGUCCUGAGAUCAGAUGUCAGCCUGAAUAGAAAUAUAUUAACAUGUCAAACAUUCAGAAGCCGAACAUGUCCCAGAUUCAACUGUUGCCAGUGAUAAAUCCGAUUAAAGACGCUGAGAUUGGACUGAAAGACGCAGCCUGAUGCUCAGUGCUGGGUCCAGUCAUAUGUCACAACAUCAUGUAACAUCACUGAUACACAACCAGUGAUACUGGAUUUCACUGCAUGUUGAAAACUGAUCCUUUAAUUAUUGAAAAAAAAAUAAAGAAAAAUGUUUUUAA